GGAAGCGUUAGCAUUGCUCUUGUACCGUGACAAUCGUGACUACGAAUACGAAAGUGGCGGUGCGGGUGAGCAGCAUUAACAACGCAUAAGAAGCUCGCGCUCAGAUUGCAGCUUGCGAGAACGAGGAGCAACUUGGCCCGGUGAUUAAGGAUUUGUCGGCCUCAUUUUCAAUCGGUGCGGUUGUUCAGGUUACAUCUUUUGAUGCAUUAAUCAGCAGCCUAGACCGCGAUAGUUAAUCUCUGUCCAAAAAUCUCUGCAUUGUCCAGGGUCUCCUAAUUCAGCAGAAUGACCACUCAAACACCACACAACCGCCGAAAGGUGUGCUACUACUACGAUAGUGACAUUGGCAACUACUACUACGGGCAGGGACACCCGAUGAAGCCGCACCGCAUGCGGAUGACCCACAACCUGCUGCUGAACUAUGGCCUCUAUCGCAAAAUGGAAAUUUACCGGCCAUACAAGGCUACGGGCGAUGAGAUGACCAAGUUCCAUAGUGAUGACUACAUCCAAUUCCUACGGUCCAUCCGACCGGACAACAUGUCCGACUAUGGCAAACAAAUGCAGAGAUUCAACGUCGGUGAAGAUUGUCCUGUAUUUGAUGGGCUCUUUGAGUUUUGCCAGCUGUCGGCCGGAGGCUCCGUGGCAGCCGCUGUCAAAAUCAACAAGCAAGCGUCAGACAUUUGCAUCAACUGGGGUGGCGGACUGCACCACGCCAAAAAGUCUGAGGCGUCGGGCUUCUGCUACGUCAACGACAUUGUCCUUGGAAUCCUUGAGCUUCUCAAAUAUCACCAGCGGGUGUUGUACAUCGACAUCGACGUCCACCAUGGCGAUGGAGUCGAGGAGGCUUUUUACACCACAGACCGUGUGAUGUGCGUCUCUUUCCACAAGUAUGGAGAGUACUUCCCUGGAACUGGUGAUCUCAAGGAUAUCGGCGCGGGAAAGGGCAAGUAUUACUCGGUGAACAUACCGCUGAGGGACGGCAUCGACGACGAGAGCUACGAGAGCGUGUUCAAGCCAAUCAUCGCCAAGGUGAUGGAGACAUUCCAGCCGAACGCAGUGGUGCUGCAGUGCGGCGCGGACUCACUGACCGGCGACCGGCUUGGCUGCUUCAACUUGACCAUCAAGGGACACGGCAAGUGCGUCGAGUUCGUCAAGAAGUACAACAUCCCGCUGCUGAUGGUGGGUGGUGGCGGCUACACAAUACGCAACGUGUCGCGCUGCUGGACCUACGAGACGGCGGUCGCGCUCGGCGAGGAGAUCCCUAACGAGCUGCCCUACACAGACUACUUCGAGUACUUUGGGCCAGACUUCAAGCUGCACAUCAGCCCAUCCAACAUGACCAACCAGAACACAAACGAGUACCUGGACAAGAUCAAGAACCAGCUGUUCGAGAACCUGCGCAUGCUACCGCACGCGCCAAGCGUGCAGAUGCAGGCCAUUCCAGAGGACGCCAUGCAGGUGGACAGGGAGGACGACGACAACCCAGACAGCCGGCAGAACCAGGCCGACAAGGACAAACGGGUGUCCGCCAACAAUGAGUUCUCCGACAGUGAGGACGAGGGCGACCGAAAGGAGCAGAAAUCUCACAAGGGAAAGAAGCCCAGACUGGAAAAGCUUGAGAACAAAAUCAAGGCCGACGAGAAACCUGUCGAAGACACAAAAGACAAUGGUGCUAGUAAUGCAACGGCCUCGGCACAGUAAUUGCGUUCAGGUAUUAUGAAAAAAGCCAAAAUUGACUAUUUAAUUUUUGGUAAUCGGCCUUGUGUAGUUAAUAAGAGAUUUUACGGUUGAAAGUGGCUCAAUAAUGAUUGCUGGUGCAUCUUGAGAAUAUUUUUGACGCAAUAUCUACGAAAAGAAACAAGUUGUCCGCAUUUAAAAGAAUCCAGUUUCUUCCUCCUUGUAUUCAGCGAAAAAGACUGUACAUUAUCACGAACCUUUUAAUCACUUAUGAUGAUUCAGCUCCCAACCUUGUCUUUCAAGUUAAGAUUUUGGUUUUUAAAUUGCAAAAUAGAACUCCCGAUUUCAUAAGUUACUGAAAAGCCUCCUUUGUUCUUUGUCUCAUCUCUUUUUUUACUUCUUUUGAUACAAUUUCAGGUCAAUAAAAUAUGACGCGUGAGUUAAAAAAAAAUACAA